AUGAUAACCCAGACAACCGACUUUGGUGUGCGGUUCAAACUAAAUAUGAUGAUCAACUCUGGGGCCAAAGAGCACUGGAAUAAACACAUUACUACAGGAGCAUAUUACCAGCUCAACACACAGUCAGCUUUGACUUGGGCCCAGGCUGAAGCCAGCUGCAAGCAGCAGGCGUCUUCCCUGCUGAGCAUCACUGAUCCCCACCAACAGGCCUACCUCACAGCACUGCUAGGGCUCGAGGGCGGGGGACAGGGGGACAAGCUUUGGACCGGGCUGAUCAAGAACCCAGAGCAAGGCUGGCACUGGUCUAACGGGAGGGCUUUCCGUUAUCUGAACUGGGACUCUGGACAUCCACUUCCUAAUCCUGGACACGACUGUGGAAUUGUUGAUCCUGCUGUGCAGUACUUGUGGCAAAGUUCAACAUGCACAAAGAAACUAGGGUACAUCUGCUACAGUGAAAGAGCUGUGACUCCUCCUACUACAGGGACGGGAUUUUGUUCAAGACCUUGGAUUCCCUACAAUGGCCACUGUUUCCACCUUAACCGAGCUCAGAAAAAAUGGUCUGAUGCUCAGCAAGUGUGCCGCAAAGAAGGAGGCGACUUAGUGAGCAUCCGCAAUGUGGAGGACCAAAGCUUUGUCAUCUCUCAACUCGGCUAUGCAUCCACUGAUGAGCUUUGGAUUGGACUGAAUGAUAAAAAGACAGAGAGGCUGUUUGACUGGAUUGACCACUCUGCUGUCACCUUCACCAGCUGGGAGCUUGGUAAACCUGCCGUCUUUUCUGACGCAGAGGACUGUGUUCUCAUCAGGGGAGAGAAUGGAAACUGGGCUGACCGUGUGUGUGAUGAGAAACAUGGCUUCAUUUGUAUGAAGAUGAGUGCCUCUCAACCCUCUGGAGAUGAAGUGGAGCAGGAUGUAGGCUGCAAAACUGGUUGGAAAAGACACGGCUCCUACUGCUACUUUGUAGGAACAGAGACAAAGACAUUUGAUGAAGCCAAAAAUGACUGCAAGACAUCAGAUUCCUACUUAGCUGAUGUUUCAAAUGGAGUGGAUAAUGCCUUCCUCGUCAGCUUGGUUGGGUUGAGACCAGAGAAAUACUUCUGGCUGGGCCUCUCAAACCAGAAUGACAUUGAUCAAUUUGUGUGGACCAACGCCAACUCAGUGAGGUUUACUCACUGGAAUGCUGAAAUGCCAGGUCACCAACAGGGGUGUGUUGCAAUGACUACAGGGGUUUUUGCUGGCCUCUGGGAUGUGAUGCCCUGCACCAAUAAGGAGAAAUACAUCUGUAAACAUCUGGCAGAGGGGGCUGUUUUAACCCCUGCACCACCCACUCAAGCCCCUCUCAAGUGUGCCGACGGCUGGACUCCAAUCGGAGCCAGAAACUUUUGCUAUAAGUUGUUUCCAGAGCCAUCAGAAAGCAAAAGGACCUGGUAUGACGCAAGAGAUUAUUGCAGGACUAUCGGAGGAGACCUGCUCAGCAUCCACAGCGGUCUUGAGCUAACCUUUGUGAAAAGAGCCUCUGGAACAGUCUGGAUUGGACUUAGUGCUCCAGACCCAGUCACGGGCUACGUAUGGAGCGAUGGGUCUCCAGUGAACUUCCUACACUGGCACGAUGGAGAGCCAAACAAUAAAAACAAUGUGGAAUCGUGUGCUGAAUUCAGAACAUAUCUUAGGUCUGGGUCUUGGAGUGAUGUGAACUGUGCGAAGAAUAAUCAAUGGCUGUGUCAGAUCCGUACAGGAGCAACUCCAAAGCCGCCUCCAGACCCUGUCAUCCCUGACUACAACAAGACCUCAGAUGGGUGGCUAGAAUGGAAUGGAACUCAAUAUUAUAUUAACAAGAAGAAGAUGGCCAUGGAAAAAGCUCGUCGCUUCUGCCAACAGAGGCAUGGGGACUUAGUAACAAUCGACAGCGAAGCUGAAAGGGUCUUUUUGUGGAAUCAGAUAUCCAAAAGUCAAGGUUCUUACUGGAUAGGUCUGGAUGUUGACCUUGAUGGAACAUAUGAGUGGAUGGAUAGUUCUCCAGUUUUGUAUCAAAGUUGGAAUGAAGGUCAGCCUGAUUUCAAGUAUCAUGAUGAGAACUGCGCCAUCAUGGGCUAUUCAACCGGGUUCUGGCAUAAUUACAAUUGCGGGUUUGAGUACGACUCCAUUUGUAAACGCAGUGGCUCACCACCUGCCAACACAACGGUGGCCCCCACAGUUGCCCCUAAAGGUGGCUGCCCACCCCACUGGAAACAACUUAACCAUAAGUGUUACAGCAUCAUUAAAGACCAAAAAGAAACAUGGAACGGGGCAAGGAAACAAUGCAAAGAUAUGGGUGGAAACUUGGCCUCUAUAUCCUCAAGACACGUGGAAGAUCCUUCUUUCCCAGACUCCCCUGAACCAACGACUUCCAGUGACUAUGUCAAAAUAUUAAAUGACUCUGUAAAGGUUGUGACUCAAAAUAUGAGCUGGGAUGCAGCCAAAAAGCAUUGUGAAGAUGAUGGUGCCAGACUGGUUAACCUGCGAAACAAUUGGUCACAGGCGUAUGUUGAGAUGCUGGCUUUGAAUCUUAAAGCUCCUCUGUGGAUUGGGCUGAACAAAAAUCAGACCAAUGGGUAUUUCAGAUAUAUUGAUGGCUGGUUCCUGAAAUUCUCUCACUGGGGCAACAAUGAACCGAGCAGGGACAGACCUUGUGUCUACGUGGAUGUGGAUGGAAAAUGGAAGACCGCUGACUGCAAGCAGAUCAUGAACAGUGUUUGCAUGAAGUCUACAGGUGGAUCACUAGCCAGUAUUGAACAUCCCUUUGAGCAAGACUUCAUUCAAAGCAACACACACAUAUUUAAAGACAGCCACAGCUCGUUCUGGAUUGGCCUGUUUAAAACUCACAAAGGGGAGUGGUUGUGGUUAGACAAAACAAUCAUGGACUACGCUUAUUGGGAUGAAGAUCAACCUGAUGAUGGCAGCCACGGAGGGAUUAGUACUUCAGACGGGACAUGGAAGACAAGCAAUCAGGGGUUUAGAAGACCAUACAUCUGCAAAACACCCCAAGAAAUAGUGUGA